GAGCAUGAACCGGCUGGGCUGCUGGCCAGCAAGGGGUCUGCUGAGGCCAGGCGGGGGUAGGGGCGUAGGGUGGAGUCUUGGACUUGGGUGCCGCUCCCCAGGCCCCAGGCAUCCAGGCACCCCAGCAGCGGAGAGGACAUGGGAGUCUCUUGGAGUGGAGGCCAGCGGCUGUCCACGAUCUGUAGACCUCAUGGCAGAGUGAGCCUCCCUGGCCUGGCACCCCACCCCAGCAUGGUCCAGGUCUGUGGGGGGCACUCCAGAGCACAGCCACCGACCUUGUCUUUGGAGGCAGCCAUGACCCAGCCUCCGCCCGCCAAAGCUCCAGCCAAGAAGCACGUGCGGCUGCAGGAGAGGCGGGGCUCCAAUGUGGCUCUGAUGCUGGAUGUGCGGUCCCUGGGGGCCGUGGAACCCAUCUGCUCAGUGAACACACCCCGGGAAGUCACCCUGCACUUUCUGCGCACAGCUGGACACCCCCUUACCCGCUGGGCCCUGCAACAUCAGCCACCCAGCCCCAAGCAGCUGGAGGAGGAAUUCUUGAAGAUCCCCUCAAACUUUGUCAGUCCUGAAGACCUGGAUAUUCCCGGCCACGCCUCCAAGGACCGGUACAAGACCAUCCUGCCAAAUCCCCAGAGUCGUGUCUGUCUUGGCCGGGCACAGAGCCAAGAGGACGGAGACUACAUCAAUGCCAACUACAUCCGAGGUUAUGACGGGCAGGAGAAGGUCUACAUUGCCACCCAGGGCCCCAUGCCCAACACUGUGUCGGACUUCUGGGAGAUGGUGUGGCAGGAAGAAGUGUCCCUCAUUGUUAUGCUCACUCAGCUCCGAGAGGGCAAGGAGAAAUGUGUCCACUACUGGCCCACAGAAGAGGAAACCUAUGGACCCUUUCAGAUCCGCGUUCAGGACGUGACAGAGUGUCCAGAAUACACCGUGCGGCAGCUCAGUAUCCAGCACCAGGAAGAGCGCAGGUCAGUAAAGCACGUCCUCUUCUCAGCCUGGCCUGACCACCAGACUCCGGAGUCAGCGGGACCCCUGCUGCGCCUGGUGGCUGAGGUGGAGGACAGCCCGGAGAUGGCCACCCACACAGGACCCAUCGUGGUCCACUGCAGUGCAGGGAUUGGCCGGACAGGCUGCUUUAUCGCCACGCGAAUUGGCUGUCAACAGCUGAAGGCACGAGGGGAAGUGGACAUCCUGGGCAUCGUGUGCCAACUGCGGCUGGACAGAGGGGGGAUGAUCCAGACCGCGGAGCAAUACCAGUUCCUACACCACACUUUGGCCCUGUACGCAGACCAGCUGCCUGAGGAGCCCAGGCCCUGACCCUUGCCGCCCUCCACUGAGCAGGUGCCCACCUCCCCUCAGACCUGGGAAGGUGGGUCUGGGGAAAGUGGGCCUCGUGAUCUGGGGUGACCCCCUGGGUGGGCACAGGGAAGGAGUGCCUCCUUAGUGGCACUUGCAGUCACAGGAAGCUGCAUCGGCAAAGAUCAGGGGCCCGAU